UUGAAGCGGCCAGAAUAGGAAGAGAGGAGGGGGACGGAAGGACAAAACCGACCGGGGAGAAGAAAAGAGGGAGAAUAGUGGAGUGUUUGUUUUCACUUUAUGUCGCUUUGAAUAACGGUUUUUUGUUUUAAAGCUUUCUCCAGAAGAUCACUUUGACUGAAACAUUCACGGGCAAUAUUUGCAAAGGUUUUGCAUGUGCCGCUACACAGAAAGGGAGAGAGCAGAGCUCGUCAUAGCCGAGACGGUUUGAAUGGUCGUACAUUACUUUUACGAAUUGUGGGGAUACGGACACGUGUUGAGCCCUUUGUAGCCAGUUCCUUGUCUGUUUAAUCAGCAGUAGCCGUGAGAUUAAACUAACAUACCUACGUUAGUUACUUAUAGUCUUGCUGAGUCGUUCUUGUCAAGGCGUCGCUAAAUGCUGAGCAGUUUUGUUUUGGUUUGGUUUUUUUUCUGAAGACGGAGACAAUAGCAAAUCUUCAAGUGACAUUUAAAAUCACAAAGAACUGACCGGCUCAUCAAAGACGGGCGGACACACCACCCGAGUUCUCACCCGGUGUUCCCACAGGAUAUCGACGGACCAUGGCGGCGGUUACAACUCCAGAGUCAAGCCCACAGAGCCGAGUGUAUUUCCAAACGCCCCCCGGUACUGAGGAAGCCGAAACUCCAGUUAGGAAGCAAGGACGCGUUACGGUUAAAUACGACCGAAAAGAACUCAGAAAGAGACUGAUUUUGGAAGAGUGGAUAAUAGAUCAGCUAACUGAUCUAUACGACUGCGAGGAGGAGGCCAUUCCUGAACUGGAGAUAGAUGUGGAUGAGUUACUGGACAUGCAGGAUGAUGUAGACCGAGCUGCGCGGGUCAAAGAUCUGCUGGUGGACUGUUACAAACCUACUGAAGACUUUGUAGCCGAGUUACUGGACAGAAUUCGUGGAAUGCAGAAGCUCAGCACACCACAGAAGAAAUAAAGCCCCUCCUACCUGAGCCCCUCCUACCUUAGCUCCUCCUACUUUAGCUCCUCCCACCUGACCUGCUCCUACUUUAGCUCCUCCUACCUGAGCCCUCUCACACUGCCUCCCACUUCAUGUUGGUGGUCAAGGCUGUGCUCCCCGCCGCAGGUGCUCAACCAAUCGUAGGUCUCGACCACAGUAAAUACUGAGGCGGAAGGAAUGAGAUCAUUGGGGGAUCUAGCCAAUCAGAUUCUUAUAAGCAGGGUUUAUUUUUUUCCCUCCUAAUUUUGUGAAUUUUAUGGUAUUUUAUUUUUGAAGGGGAAAGAUCUUGUUGUGUUUUUAAGCAUUUGUAGAAGUCCUAUCAAUAUAUUUCUACACAUAUGACUAUACCUAUUUUAGAUGUUAGGAGAUUUUCUUGAAUUCUUUUCUUUUUCUGCUGCAGUACUAUGUAUCUGUCCUCACUAGUUGAUAGCCUGUGCUAAGGCCAUCACCACUCUGUAGUGAGUUUAGAAAAGAUGGAAAAGAAGUGGCCUUGCCCCUUUUUAAAAUGUAUUCUUCCCUUAUCCCUACCUUUUGACUCUUUGAUCUUGUAUUCAUCACUCACUGCGCAAGGGCUUUGCUACGAGAUGUUAAAUAGAUCGUUAUUUGUAGUGGCUUCAGUACUGAGUUAUACAGUAGGGGGUAGAGAGGUGGAAAGUUGGAGCUGUCAGAAUUUCUUUUUAAAUUAACCUCCCUCUAGGCAUACAAGCACAGACCAAGACGCCUGUUCAAACACAUACGCAUGCGCGCGCACACACACACAUAUUCACACAGACAAAAACACAAAUUUUAAGACCCUCAGGGAUCCGUGGAAAAAGAAAACACACAGAGAUGUGCGCAUUGGCUCUCUGUCAAUAGCGCGCGGAGAGAGAAGAGAGAGAGCGAUGGCGGCAUGGUACAGAGCGAGAGAAAGGAAAAGAGCGAGAGAUAGCAGUAUGGUGUAGGUUGCUGCAGAUUGCCACUGACAUUGCCAGUGCAUAGUCUCACCAUUAAUCCUUUUAUGUGAUUCCGCUAAAUCAUCUUACCCAGAAAGCCACCUGCCUCCACUAUCGCAGCCAAUCAGACAUAAUAGUGAUAGGAUUAAUCGCAUAUUCACAUUUUCCAUUUGCAAAUUUUACACAUUUUCACAGUGCGUGUAAGUAGAUAGCUGCCCCCCCCCCCCCC